AUACCACGUAUACAACUGAUGUCAGAGAUAGGCUACGGAAUAUCAUUGGCAUCUCUUAUCGUCGCUGUAACAAUUAUGAUAGCGUCAAGACGGCUUCACUGCAAAAGUAACGUGCUACAUAUAAACCUAUUCUUUGCAUUUAUACUACGAGCUUCGAUUUCUUUUCUAAAAUCGUUAAUCUUUGUUGACGAUAUUGGUUUAGAGAAAGACAUCAUUCGAAAUCCAGGAGGGACCAUAGAAUUUAAACAAGACGGACUGCAUUGGGAAUGUAAGUUGAUAGUGAGUAUAUUUAUGUAUUCCGUGGCGACUAGUAUGAUGUGGAUCUUGAUGGAGGGACUUUAUUUACAUAUGCUUGUAUACAAAACACUUUUUACUGAGAGACAUGGUACACGCUUAUACGUGUUAUUCGGUUGGUUAUCCUCUUUCACUUACGUGAUACCUUGGAUUGUAGUACGAAUGUUCAAGGACAACGAGCUGUGUUGGAAUCGCCAAAAUACCGGUGGCUAUUUUUGGAUCAUUAAGGCACCAAUGCAUAUUUCUAUUCUUAUCAAUUUUCUAUUUUUCAUCAAUAUUGUAAGAGUGCUAUGUGUAAAGUCAAAGUUAAGCCGACAUGUAAAAAGUGAUGCAAAGUACUGGAGGAAGACUGCCAAGUUUGUUUUGGUGCUUUUGCCACUAUUUGGGGUGGUAUAUAUUGCGUUUAACGCUUACCCGGUUGGUGUGUUUAGUAUGGAAGCUGAUUUCAUGUAUCUGUAUUGUGAAAUGUUUUAUAAUUCAUUCCAAGGAUUUGUUUUAGCUUUGUUGUUUUGCUUCCUUAACGAAGAGGUACAGAAUGAAAUACGGAGAUGGUGUUUCAAACGCAGAUUAAAUUCAUACAACACUCGUUCCAUUGUACUCUCUUCUUGGCGUAAAUCGUCACGGAGAAUGUCACGUGAUACGACACGUGAUACCCGUAUCAGCAGCGACUGCACUAUCCACCCAAACGGCACAUGUACUGAUAAGUGCAAAUUGAAUAGUGUGUGCCAUGAACAUGCUACAUGGCCACGGAAAAGUCGUGCAACAACAAAAGAGAAGUUCAAUACAUUAUCAUGGCAAAGUGAACAUAUUGACUGUGUAAAGGUUGAACCUCACAAUUUUGGGGAGGGUGAGGUUUAAAAAGUUGUGUUUAAAGCAAAUUGACCUGUACGUGAACAGGUUUUUGCUGCUACAUGGCUAUACAUGUUUACAUUUUUAACUGUGAGGCAAACCUUCUCAAUUCUAAACCUUAUAAAUGAUAUGUUUAUCUAUGUUUUGAAAGCUUUAGGAAAGAAAAGUAUCAUUUAAUGUUAUUAUUGUCCGAUACGUUGAUAAUCAUAAUAAAGACUGUAUAAUUAUUUUUAGUGAUUUGAUACUGUUAAAUGUAAUUACUACGUAAAUGUAGUCUAAAUCUAGCAUCUUUAAUAAUCUCAUAUCAGCAAACUUAUAAGUUAGGAUAAUUGUAUCUUUUUCAAAAAUAAAUGUGAUUUUGUAUGACAACCACAAAUGAAACUGCUAUUCUUCAACUACAUUCGUUGGAAAAGAAUAUAGUUGUUGAUUCCUUAGCUAUUUCAUUAAUCAUUUAAACAGUUCCACAAAAUUGUGAUAUUAAACUUCUCUUUGAUAAUAUAUUUUAUAACAUGUCAAAAAGAGCUGAUUAUUAAUUAAUACAAUGGCAUACAUUUCAUGUUUUUUUUUUCAUUUUUACUAUCUCCCUUAUGUUAUUUAGUUAUAACUGUUAUUUAAGAUUAAUUAUGACGGAAGCGUCAGUUCGGCUCCCUGGACCUAAACAGUAGGAUUUGAACAGAAAAUUAUCUGCUUGACAGGAAGGGAAUAUACAACUGGACCAACUUUUAAACCCUUGUUCUCCAUUUUAAUAUAGAGCAUUGUGACAGAAGACAAGUUUUCCGUUACCGCAUUAUUUAUAUACUUUUUGUUAUAUUUCUUACUAUUCUUAUAGAAAUAGGUCCUUUUAAACAACCUUCAUAUAUCAUGUGUAAGAAAAUAUACCACGCACAAAGAGAAUUGACAAAAUUACUUAAAUAUUAAGAAUUUUUGUAAGACACGUCAAACUAUGUCAAUAUUCAUAACAAAAAUCCAACCAGGACACGCUCUUUUUAUAAACAGUUUGUAGAUUUCGACUGACUUUAUAUAUAUAGUAAAAACAUUUUAUCCUGACAGUAUGGCGGUUGGAAAGCAAGUUUCAAUAAUUGCCUUUAUGUUUAUUUCUUAUUUUUAUUUAGAUUAUUUUUACUUAUCAUAACUUUCAAUGUGCAAGCCAAUAUAAAAUCAGUUUAUACUAUAUAACAGCAAUGCGUUGCAAUAAUUGCUUAGGUAUAGAAGCAUGACGGUUGAUUAAAGUUUCAAUGCACGCAGCAAGCGCUUUUAAAGGUAUAAAUUAAAAAUACAUGUAUAAUAGCAU